AUGGCGUCUGCCAAACCGUCAAAUUCGUGGUUCAGUAGAGUUUUUAGAAAGAAUGCAAAGGCACAGGAAACAACGGAGAAGGAGAAUCAUCUCAUCAUUGCUGCUAUAGACUUUGGGACUACAUUUUCGGGAUAUGCCUUUUCUGCAACACAGUCGCUGGAAGAGCCAAUUUACUGCAGUUUAUUUGAAGCGGAAGGUUAUCAAACGGAAAAAGCUCCGACGUCCGUUCUCUUAAAUGCAGAUAAAGAAAUUUGUUCAUUUGGGUAUGAAGCAGAGAAGGAAUAUGAAGAAAAAAUGGAAAGCAAUGAAGGGGAUGGAUAUUACUUUUUUGUACGAUUUAAGAUGAACCUAUACAAAACUGAGAAACUAUCUCGUGAGACAAAACUCAAGGAUAUCAGAGGAAAAGAGAUGAAGGCGAUAGAGGUAUUCGCAAAGGUUAUCAAGUACCUUGCUGAAGAUUUAAACAGGAGAUUGAAAGAACAAAUUACAUGUACUUCAACAGAUGACGUCCUUUGGGUCAUAUCUGUACCUGCAAUUUGGUCAGACGCUGCAAAGCAGUUCAUGCGAGAAGCAGCAAACAUGGCUGGCAUAGAAGACAAAGACCUAAAACUGGCCUUGGAACCAGAGUCUGCGUCGCUGUAUUGCAAUCUGCAAUCGUCGUGUAAAAUUGUGAAGGCUGACAACACAGCAACAUUGGAAUCAUUUCCUGUUGGGCACAGAUAUAUUGUUGCUGAUUUGGGAGGAGGGACAGCGGACAUGGCGGUACAUGAAAUUCUCGAAAACAACUGUUUAAAAGAGAUUGCACGAUCAGAUGGUGACGCGUGCGGUGGAGCAAUGGUGAACUUGGCUUUCUUCGAAUUUCUUACAAAACUACUAGGAGGCCAAGUGGUGAAUCAUAUAUUGCAAACACAAACCAAUGUGUUUAUUGAAAUUGAUAGAUGUUUUGAGAUCAAGAAGCGAGCAUUCAAAGGUGAUAUGAAACCCGUCCAAAUGCAAUUUCCAAUUGCAGAAAUAAAAGAAGCGUUCGAAGCAUGCGAGACUACUUUCGAGGAUGCAAAACGUAAAAUCAAAAACGAUUACGACAACAAAGUUGAAAUACUGAGGAAUGGAAGGUUGGUGUUCUCUGCAGAAAUCAUGGAGGGAUUUUUUAAAAAGGCAGUAACUGGAAUUCUCGAUUUCCUGAAAGAGAUGCGUUCAAAUGAUGAGCUUGGAAUGAUCAAUACAUUCCUUAUGGUGGGAGGGUUUUCCGGAUCAAAAUACGUACAACAUCGCAUACAAACGGAGAUUCCAGGGGUCCGCCUGGUCAUUCCUAGCGACCCUGGUCUUGCUGUAUUAAAGGGAGCCGUUUUGUUCGGUAAAAGGCCUAUCACAAUCACCGAAAGAAUAGCACGAUUUUCUUACGGGUUUUCGAAAACAAGAAGGUUCGAAGAAGGUGAUCCGGAAGAGCUCAAAACAAUAAAAAACGGAAAACUUUAUUGUACAGGCGUGUUUGAUAAAAUGAUAACAAAGGGUCAACCCUUACGGAAAGGUGUUGCGUGUGCCGACCGUAUAGCACAUACGCUCGAUUUCGAUAAUAUGUUCACACUGGUACUGUCUUCGAUGCUCCCAAUAACGAUGGAUGUUUACAAGUCCGCAAAAGCGGAUACCAAGUACACCAAAGCGGGAUAUGGCUGUGAAAAACUAGGAAAAAUGUUAAUAUUUCCGCGCGGAGGGGUUUGGUCUAGUAUCAGUCCGUUUAUUCGGGGAUUUAUGGUAAUCGAAAGUGAAAUAAAUGCAUUUGCAGUCGACAUCGACACAGAGCGUGUUUUUGUUUCUGAAAUAGAUUACCUUUAA